GCAGUUUCUGACGUAGCGGACAAAAAAGGUAUCAUCCAAUGAGAUAAAAGCGAUAAAUAUCAGCCGUUUGAAAUUUUUGGACAGAGGAACGUUCGAAGCGCCACGCGACAUGAUAUUGGCGAGCGGAAUAAGCUAAAGUCAUAAAGACGCGUGUGUUGGUUGUGUCGGUGGUGUUAAACCAUGAUCAGAGGGGAAUGAGUGCGAGGAGAGAGAGAACGGAUCGAUUUUGUGUUAUUAGUCAACGAACGCUAUCGUGCAGUGGAAACGAGGGCUCCAGUUAUGCGACGUUUCCUGGAUCUAUAAUAAAAAAGAUCUGCAUGUAAAAAGGGUGUAUCUGGGGAUCGCGAUUCCACGUUGAGAAUUCGCGUUCUUCGGUGCUCGGAUUUGGGGAAAAAAAAAAUUUUGUGUGUAUAAUAAGUCCUCCUAUCAAGAGAGUUGGUGGGGAUUGACUCGUGUGGACGACUCUCUGUGGUGUGGGGAAACUGGAAAGGAAAGGAAAGCAAAGCAAAGCGGAAAUAUAAGAAGAAAAAGAAGAAGAAGAAGAAGAAGAAGAAGAAGCAGCAAGCGAUAAAGUAAAGAGAAGUUAAGACAGCGGAAGAACGGAAGGAUUGGCCAGUUUAACGACGGUGGACUCUAUUGGUUUGGGCGGAGGAUAAGCGAGGAAGGGAAAAGGAAAGUUAAGUAAAGAAGGGCUUGGCUACCGUUAGUAGUUCAUCGCUUUUGAGGAGUAUCGCCCCAACGGGGAAGCUAUCCGCCGAACGGAAGGACUGUUCAUUCGUUUUUUCACUCUCUCUUUCUCUCUCUCUCUCUCUCCCCCCUCUCUCCUAUCUUUCUCUCUCUCUCUCUCUCUCUCUCUCUCCCCCUCUCCCUCUCUCCUUCGCCCCUCCUAAGAAGGCGGUUUUACAGCUACGGCACGUUAAAGGAGCUCCUGCUGAAGUACCGGCAGUAUCGGAUAAUAAUUAUCACCUACGACUUUGUACAGUUUUGUGUGUUUGUCUAAUAGGUCGUAGCGUCGAAUACGUAAAAUAAAAAAUGGCGGAUACAAGUCAGCAGGAACUUUCGGAACCUCAUACUAAUGGGGCAAUGGACGGACUUACGGAGGAAGAAAAAAGCAAAAUAAGGCCUGCAGAUAUUGAUGCUGACAUGAGGGAAAUGGAAAGAAGAAAGAGAGUCGAAAUGAUGAUGAAUUCACGAUUAUUCAGGGAAGAAUUGGAACGUAUAAUUGAAACCCAAAUGAAAGAUGGCGCUGGACCCUCAGGUCUUUUACAACAGAUCUCUGAUAUGAUGGGUGCACAAGGAGCACGUUUCAAUGGAAAUGUAUUUAAAAAUUCUAAUUGUGUGGUGCCUAUUAAUGAUAUUCGCGGAGUCGAGAGUAUGGGCUACGCGAAAGGUGAAAAGUUAUUGCGUUGUAAACUUGCUGCGGUAUUCAGAUUACUCGAUUUAUAUGGAUGGACACAAAAUGUAGGCGGCCAAAUGACGGCCCGCUUAAAUCAGGAUCAAGAACACUUUUUGGUUAAUCCUUUUGGAUUACUCUAUCACGAAAUAACGGCUUCUAGUUUGAUUAAGGUCGACAUGCAAGGUUCUGUCGUUGAGCAAGGAACAACAAAUUUUGGUAUACACCUUACGGGAUUUCAAUUACAUUCAACGAUACAUGCUGCUCGACCUGACAUUAAAUGUAUCAUUCAUAUUUCUACUCCGUCCGUAACUGCUAUUUCUUCCCUAAAAUGUGGUUUACUGCCAAUUGGACAGGAAAGUAUAGUUAUCGGUGAAGUAAGUACGCAUCAUUAUGUUGGUGGAAUGCUUGACCCAGAAGAAAGAGAGAAAAUUAGUAGAAAUUUUGGUCCUAUAAACAAAGUAAUGUUAUUAACUAAUCGUGGUGCGCUCUGUUGUGGUGAAACAGUCGAAGAAGCGUUUUACAAUGUAUACAAUACUGUAUUGGCCUGUGAAACGCAAUUAAAAUUAAUGCCAGCUGGUCUAGACAAUUUAAAUCUCAUUUCGGAAGAAUCGAAGAAAACGAUUUUUGAAGCAUCAAGAAAGCCUCCAAUUCCUCAACAACAUAUUGCAGCACCAGAGUCAACAGUAAUUACAGACAAAUUAGAAAAACGUUGGAGAAUAGGUGGAACUGAAUUUGAAGCGCUUAUGAGGAUGCUUGAUAACGCCGGUUUUCGCACAGGUUAUAUAUAUAGAAAUCCACUUGUAAAAGGAGAGCCUCCAAAACCACGAAACGAUGUAGAGGUACCACCAGCAGUUUCAUCUUUGGGAUAUCUGCUCGAAGAAGAAGAAUUGUAUAAGCAGGGGCUUUGGAAAGGUGGUCGUAAAGGUACCGAUAGGUCACGCUGGUUAAAUUCACCGAAUGUGUAUCAAAAGGUGGAGAUAUUGGAAACUGGUACUCCUGAUCCGAAGAAAAUUACAAAGUGGGUGUCUGAUGGAUCUCCGACCCAUAGCAGUACUCCGGUGAAGAUUGAUGGUGCUCUCCAGUUUGUACCUAAAAACACUAAUCCGAAAGAAUUCAAACAAAUUCAACAGCAGAUAAAAGACUAUCGUAGAGCAGAUAAAAUAUCAGCUGGGCCACAAUCGCACAUAUUGGAAGGUGUAACGUGGGAAGAAGCGAAAAAAAUGCAGGACGCUACGAUCAGUGGCACUGGAGAGCAAGUUGUACUUGUAGGAGCAGCUAGUAAGGGUAUCAUACAAAGAGGGUUUCAACAUAAUGCAAUGGUUUACAAGACACCUUAUGCCAAAAAUCCAUUUGAUGCCAUUACGGAUCAGGAAUUAGAUCAGUAUAAGAAGGAGGUAGAGCGCAAGCAAAAGGGCGAUCCUUAUGACGAAUCACAAUCGGAAUCUGAGGCAUUGUCGUCAUUUAACAUCAGUCGUGCAACACACGAAUCUAGCACUGCCAAAAGUCCGAUUCAGUCACCAGUCUCUGUUACGUCCGAGACUGAGGAAGAGAGCAGAGAUGAACCUCGAGUUUUACGGAUAGAAACGAAACAAGUGCCUGUGCCCAGUCAACCAGAAGUCGUUUUAAGUGACGCGUAUGCAACUACGGAGUUCCUCAAUGAAAUGAGACGUGCUGCGAUUGAAGCAGAAAGUGAUAUUAGCAGGCAAGGAGAAAAUACCGUAAAUGGCGAUCACUCGGACGCCCAUCACAGUACAUUUUCUCAAAGUAGCAAAGAGGGUUCCAUGUCGCAGGACGUGAGUGUUAGCGAGGAAUCGCCGAAGAAGGAGAAAAAGAAGAAGAAGGGCCUUAGGACGCCAUCGUUUCUUAAGAAGAAAAAGGAAAAGAAGAAGUCGGUCGAGGCGUAGGUAGCCAUAAUAAAGACACUGCCACGAAGAAAAACUUACCGUUAAUACGAAGAAGCGAACACGAAUUUUUUUCCGAGCGAAGCACGAAUGCAAAAUGUUGUAAGCCGUUAAAAGCAUGGGAAAUGAAGAGAGGUAGACGACCAAUAAUAAAUAUUAUUCGGAGGCUGAGGGAGGGAGAGAGAGAGAGAGAGUAUAAUCAGUUGAAAUGAAAUAAUAAGCAAA